AUGUGCCCACGCACCGCCUCUCUUGACGCCCCUGCUCUUCCCGCGCAUUAUCUUUGGCAAGGCAAAGGCCCAGCCUCACGGAGGAAAGGGAAUAGAAGGGAGCCAUACACCCACACAGAAAGACAAAGUAUGCCUUCCGGUAACGGUUGUCGUGCCACUCAGCGCCGUGCGCGGGAGCAGGCCAAGCAGCAGAAGCAGGGCGCCGCACACUCGGCGGAGGACCGGAAAAAGCACGAGGAAUCAAAGACAGCCGUGCAGUGUACAGUCUGCCUGCAGGGAUUUCCACGGACGGUGCGGCUCCCGGAGCUGCAGCAGCACCUGGAAUCCCGCCACGCCAGGGCGAAUAAGUCCCUCCUGGAGCUCUUCCCCGCCUUUCAGGGCGAGGGCCACUAG